CAUCAUCAAUGCUAAGAUAAGAUAAAGCUUUAACUUAGGGACUGAGGGAUACCGCGUCCGAGUCACGCGUUACAUCGACAGCUCUCGGGUUGCUUGGAACAACCGUCGAAGCUUCAAUAGAUUGCCCAAUCAUACUUAUUCUAUGAAUUAAGUGAUUAAGUGGGAGAAACGUUUGCGGCCCGAGUUUUACUAUGCCGAACGAUCAAACUCAAUGUACUACCAUAAUAUACCGUGAUACGGAUACCCCAAGGUCUCACGAACAGGUAUCUAGAGACUAGAGUACGGGUCUUCGAACACAAUGGUUGAUGAAGACAAGAUGCCGGGCUCACACAAAAGGUUACGGGAGAGAAAAUUACGGAUGAUCGAAGCCUGGAGAGCCGAAGUCAAGUCGAAUCAGAAUUAUUGCGCGUGCUCUAGACCCAGCUUAGGUUCAUCUAAAGGCACAAAUGAGGCAUCGGGAUCUACAUCGACUACAGCCGUGGGUAUAGACAGCAGACCACAAUCAUGGCAUCAAUCUAAUUCUACCUUGUCUAAGCCUCCUGUCGCCCUUUCGCCAAUGGACAUUACAGAGCCAGAACUUUUGGGCAAACCAACGUGUCCUGUUUGCCACUUGCUGAUCGAUCAAGACAUAUCGUUAAAGAAGCUUAGGGAGCAUGAGGAGACGGGUCUCGUACGCAAGGGAAGUCCACGGUCUUCAGCCAGCUUGCUCAAGCUGGACCAGGUUAUAUUGUCCCAUGAGCAUCCCCAUGAGCAUCAAACCGCCAAUAUACCGAAGAACCCGAGCGUCAUCAAAAGACAAUUCUUAAACCCGUUUAUAAAACUCAAACGUUUAGGGCUGAAGACCGUAGCCUCCUCGAGAGCAUUGAAGGCCAAGGGGAUGCGCAGUCUAAGGUCUCUCAAAACAAAGAAGUCCUCGCCGCCGAGCGAUAACGUUGGCGUUCGAGAUAACCGCCCCCGCGCCACGGAAAUAUACGCUCAGUACAGGCUGGAUGCCUCGUCGGCGGGGUCAGUUGCGACCCUGGCGGGAUUGAGUGAUGAUGAGCGUAGAAGGCCUGAGCUAACUAUUGAUGAAUCUGCAGCUCGUCUUCGAAGAGCUGCCCGCUUAUUAGACCGCGCAAGUGCCCCCAUUGCGAUCGAGAAUACGAAUAAUUCACCGGAAGUUUAGGUCAACGAGACGUUAUACGGAAGGGUUAAGGGUAUCACGGAAAAGAGUAGAUUCGAUGUUUUAAGGAUACCAAGCGUUCUUCUUCAAAGCGCUGCUUUCACGGGAUAUAAUAAUUAUAAUAGCAUUGGCUAUCCUUAUAUAAGUGAGUGAUAGAGGCGUUAGAGGGGAUGGCCGGACUUGGGAUACGGGAUACAGCGGCAUUUGAAUUUAAUAAUAGGAAUACUCAUUAGUAUUAAGAAUCGGGUUCUGAUUUAUCAGAAUGGGACAGGAGCACAUGUAGAUUACUCCAGCUGUUGAUGUUUAGUCGACUACCCUAC